AUGUUUUUACUGGACUUUGAAAAAGCUUAUGAUAGAAUUGAAUGGGGCUUUAUUAGUAUGAUGCUUGAUGCUUUUGGCUUCCCUUCCUUCUUCUGUGACAUUGUAAAAAUGCUUCUUAGAGAUGCUCAUGCCCAAAUUGAUAUUAAUGGUUCUUUAUCAACCCCUUUUCCGUUAGGUAGAUCUAUUAGACAAGGUUGUCCGCUUGCCCCUGGCCUUUUUGUUAUUGCUUCUGAAGCUCUGUUCUAUAUUCUUAGGGAUAACACCUUAUCCCCUGCUGUCAAAGGCAUCACUCUUCCUGAUAACAAGGAGCUUAUUAAUUGCCAGUUUGCUGAUGAUACUUCUCUCUUUCAUGAGUGGGGUGGUCCCUCAAAUAUUGUUAGAUACUUGGGUAUUCCCUUUUCUGUCGAUCCUUCUUUGAAAGAUAUGUGGAGUUGGGUUAAAGAUAAGAUUCAUAAUAAGUUGAAUAAGUGGCAUAACAGGUCUCUGUCUUUUGCGGGUAGAGUGCAAGUUUGUCAAAAGAUUCUCUCUUCUUACAAUAUUUACUAUGCUUCGGCUUGGAUGUUUAAUGAUUACCAAGUUAUGGAAAUUCAAAAGGCUAUCAGGAAGUAUCUCUGGUCAGAUGGGAAAGGAAAUAACAAGGCUCACUUUGUUAAAUGGAGUUGGUGUCAUGUGGAUAAACUCUUUGGGGGCUUGGGGCUUAAAGACCUAAGACUGAGUGGUCUUGCUUUGGCCUCCAAAUGGAUCUUUCAUGCCUUGGAGGGGGAUGACCCUUGGAGAGUUCUUAUUCGUAACAAUAUUGAAAGGGGUUAUCCUAAGAAUGCUAAAUUUUGGAAAAAUCUCCCUCUUACUGAUCUUAUUUGUAGUGAAUUCGCUAUCAUUGUUCAAGGCUCGGCUGUGUUCAAGUCUAUCUGGAAAGCCUGGAACCAUGUUAGGCAAUUCAUUAAGAAUAAGGAUUUUUUUGAUGAUAAGACCCUCCAUGGUGAGAGGUCCAUUUGGUGGAACCUUAAACUUGGCAAUAAGCCCCUUGCCCUUACCCAAGGCUGUUCUGCCAAAUGUUGGGCUAACCUUGGGAUCAAGCAGCUUAUUGAUAUUUUUGAAAAUGACAGGCUUAUUCAUUUGGAUGAGCUUAAAAGUAAAUUUAAUCUCUCAGAUUCUCAUAAGAGAACGUAUAAUAUGAUUGUUAGGGCCAGCAGGAGUAUUCCUAAUGUUUGCCAUGUUGAUUCUAAUAGUUAUCAAAAAAUCAAAUGGCCUGGUGGUAUUAUCAUUUCCGGGCUUAAAUCUAAAAACAUUUACUCCAUCAUUAACAUCAAUAAUGACAUUAUCAAGCACAUUAAUGAUACUUGGAAUUACUUCUCUGAGACUAACAUGUGCAGCAUUUGCAGAACCCCGGAAACGGGAAGACAUAUAUUCUUUGAGUGCUCUUUUGCUAAAGAGAUUCAAAUUACUAUGACGGUUAACAAAGCUAAGUUCAAAAGGUUGCUUAGGGAUGGACAUGCUACGUUCUUUACUAACGAAGUUAAGAAUGGAUACUUCUGGAGGCUGCACCUGGACAAUAUCCGCAAUUUCAACCUUACUUUUGAUCGCAUCUGCAAGGAAAUUAAAAGAAACCCUCAGUGUACUACUGGAGAGAUGUUAUACAUGUGGAAGCAAAUCCAAGAUCAAAAGAACUUGGUUUCGAUGGAAGGUGCUUUGGGGUGGACUGCAUGGGUGGACUCUUUUGAAGAUGUGUUGCAUUAG